GAGCAGAAGCAGACACGAAAGCUUCGCCGGCCACGCACCAGAGAGUGCGAGGAGGCGGAGAUGAAUGUCUUGACAAAGUCGGUGGAGGAGCAGCUCCCCGCAGGUCCCCGCAUCUGCAUCCUGGGCAGCACCGCUUUCUGGAACGAGGCUACCGAGCCGCUGGUGAAAGCGCUGGCCUGCAGGCUCAGCAGCAGCCUGCGGGACAGCAACGCCGUGAUCCUCACCGGGGGCAUGACAGGGGUGCAGGAGGUCAUGGCGAAGGGUCUCGCCGACCGUGGCUUUGUGAGGUUGGUGAACUUAGUCCACUUGGGCCACGAGAGCGGAUUCAACGCCGGGGAGGACUUAGCUGCGGGCCUGGACGCCGCAGAGCGCCGCAAAGUCUUCGGCCGUCUCGGCGACGUAUACCUCUGCAUCGAGGGUGGCCCGGGUGUGGCGGAAGAGGCAAACAUGGCCUUCGAGAACGGCGCCUUUGUGUUGCCGAUACCGUCCACGGGCGGAGCAUCCAGCGGUGCUUUCAACUUUCCGCAGGCGGCGCUGGAGCGGCCGAGGUGCGUCUCACCUGAGGAGUGGGCUUCUUUCAGCACGGAUGGCCACCCGGAAGAGGUGGCGUCCACUGUCGUGAAGGUCCUCAGCCGAUAUUUGGAGGAAGAGGCCAAGAAGUCCGGCGAGCUUCUCAAAGGUGCUUCAAACGAGGAGAUCACAUCGGCGCGGGGACAUUCCAUCGUAUCCUGCUGA